CUCAAGUCGAGCGAAAGACCCCACGGGUAGGAGCUCGUGUCUGUCACCAUGGAGAAACGGCCGAAUAUCCUGCUCACAGGUACUCCAGGCGUUGGGAAAACCACCCUCGGUAAAGAGUUAGCUGGAAGAACUGGACUGACGUAUGUGAAUGUGGGAGAACUGGCAAAGGAAGGUCAGCUGUAUGAAGGCUAUGAUGAAGAAUAUUCGUGUCCCAUUCUGGAUGAAGACGGGGUGAUUGACGAACUUGAGGAGAAGAUGAAUGAAGGCGGGGUAAUUGUGGAUUACCAUGGGUGUGACUUCUUCCCAGAGCGAUGGUUCCACAUUGUCUUUGUCCUUCGAACAGACAACUCAAUCUUGUAUGACAGAUUAGAGAACAGGGGUUACAGUGGGAAGAAACUUCAGGACAACAUACAGUGUGAGAUUUUCCAGACUAUAUAUGAAGAGGCAAUGGAAUCCUACCAAGAGGAGAUAGUGCAUCAGCUGCCCAGCAACACGCCCGAGGACAUGGAAAGAAACUUGGAACAGAUUGUACAGUGGGUCGAACAGUGGAAGAAAGAUAACAAUUAAAUGCUAGCAAUUAAGGACAGUUUUAGGUUUAGACCAGGGGUUCCCAACCUGGGGUCCAUAGACCCUUUGCUAAUGGUAUUGGUCCAUGGCAUAAAAUAGGUUGGUAACCCCUGGCUUAGAAGAUUGAUUGCUGGCUUAAAAAGAAACUAGUAUACUGAGACAGCUGGUUUUCAUUGGGCUGUAUGUAUCAUUGUGAAAGAGUACUGGUAUUUUACACAGUGGAAAACACAAAGAACAUUUAGACUGUAUAGAUAUUUACUUGUGUAUUUACGAACAGAAUUGUAUAAUGAUCAAUGCAGAAAUUUUGCUAUUAAACCAAGAUGUAUAAAUCAAUAUUGUUAAAGCUAAUUGAAGAAAUAUCAUUGCUUUUCAUUUACAGGUUGCAUUUGCUGUCAGUUCUGUAGGAACUAAAUAGUUUGGGUGAUUGAUUUGGUUGUCCGUUGUAUGCGACGAUGACAGAUUUGUGCAUUUCUUCUGUUAGAUGAUUUGAAUUGCACAAACAAGCCUGUGCAGGAGAGUUUUUAAAGUGGAAAAGCCAUUGUGCUUUGGUAGUUACGCUGUUUUGACUUUGGAAGUCUGGGCCCAGUUGUACAAGUCGUUGUCACAACUGCGGUCUUCUUUGGUUGCAGUGACUUCUUCUAUGUCUUGUCAUGCCCUUUCUCUGUAUGAAGUGUUGAAGAACUGCCUUCCACUCUCACUGUAGAUCUCAUCCACCCAGUCUGCCAGAGGUGACUUUCCGUGCUAGGACAGGCAUGUCCCUUAUAUAGUUAGGGUAAACAUGCAAAAACAAAGAUAUGGACUGCCAAGCCGUGUGCUGAAGUUGCAGGAUUGCUUGUGAUGAGGAACUUGCCAAUGAACUAACUGUUCAUUGGACUGCACGGUCAUUUCUGAGUCAGAAGGUUGUGAGUUAAAGUCAUCAAAGUUCAAAGUAGAAUCUAUUAUCAGGGGUACGUACAUAUCACCACAUACCCUGAGAUUCUUUUUCCUGCACGCAUACUUAGCAAAUCUAUAGAACAGUACCUGUAAACAGGAUCAAUGAACAAUGAACAAUGAACAGAAGUAGAUAUUCCAGAGCAGUCCUAAGGGAGCUUUGCACUGGUGUAAAUGCCUUUUAUUUAAAUGUGUUUAUUUUUGAGAUACACCUGGGUGGAGAAAGUAUUGUUAUUUUUGUUACUGAAUUCAAAAUUUCUUAAUAGAGCCAUUCUAUCAAUGUAAAAAUGUAACUAUUCAUACAAAUUCAAUACUUUAGAGUGGAAGAUAUUUAAGCCAUGGAAACGAAAGUUAAAAUUAUAAUGCAAAACAUAUAGUACUUAUCAUAUUUUGUAAUUUGACCUCUAAAGUGCAAUAAUGUUAUUUCGUUAUAAAUAAAAUAGGUGUCUCUUUGGUGGCACAACACAUUAUGAUGUUUCUUCGAGCACUACUAUUUACAGUGCUAGAAAGUUUGUGAACCCUGUAGAAUUUUCUCUAUUUCUACAUAAAUAUGACCUAAGGUGUGAUCAGAUCUUCAUGCAAGUCCUAAAACUAGAUAGAGAACCCAAUUAGAUAAAUAUCACAACAACAUUGUACAUGUUGAUUUAUCGAGAAAAUUGAUCUGAUAUUACAUAUAUUUGUUGGAAAAAGUAUGUGAACCUCUGGGGUAAUGCCUACUACAAAAGCUAUUUGGAGUCAGUUGUUGCAAUCAAUGAGAUGAGAUUGGAGGUGUGUGUUGUAGAGGUGCCUGCCCUACGAAAAAGACACACAAAGUCAGGUUACUGACAGAGCCUGCUCUUCUCAAUAUAAAUCUGUUUAUCUGCAUCGUGCCUCAAUCAAAACAGCUUUCAGAGAAGCUUAGAAGAAGAAUUGUAGAGAUGCAUCAAGCUGGAAAAGGCUACAAAAGCAUUUCUAAAGACCUGAGUGUUCGUCAGUCUGCAGUCAGAGAAAUUGUCUACAAAUGGAGGAGACUCAAUACUGUUGCUACUCUCCCCCGGAGAGGGCAACCUGCAAAGAUCACACCGAGGCACAGCAUGCAGUGCUGAAGGAGGUGAAAAAGAACCAAAGGGUAACAGCAAAAGACCUGCAGAAAUCUCUAAAGUUGCUAAAGUUUCUGUUCAUGUGUCUGCUAUAAGAAAAAACAUUGAACAAGAAUGAUGUUCAUGGAAGUACACCACGAAGGAAACAACUGCUCUCCAAAAAAAAAAAAAAAAAAUUGCUGCAAGUCUGUAAAAGACCACCUGGAUGUUCCACAAUGCCUUUGAGACAAUGUUCUGUGGACUUUUUGGCAGAAAGACACACUGCUGUUAGGAGGAAAAAGGGCAUUGCACACCGACACCAAAACCUCAACCCAACUGUGAAGCACGGUGGAAGGAGCAUCAUGGUUUGGGGCUGAUUGGCUGCCUCAGGGCCUGGACAGUUUGCAAUCGUUGAGGGAAUGAUGAAUUCAAAAUUUUAUCAAGACAUUUUACAGGAGAAUGUCAGGCAAACAGUCCAUCACCUGAAGCUUAAUAGAAGUUGGAUACUGCAACAAGACAAUGAUCUGAAAGACGAGGGUAAAUCAACAACAGAAUGGUCUUUUAAAAAAAGUAACUUCAUCUUUUGGAAUUGCCAAGUCAAUGUCCUGACCUUAAUCCUGUAGAAAUGUUGUGGAAGGACCUGAAGGAAGUAGUUCAUGCAAGGAAGCUCACCAACAUCCUAGAGUUAAAGCAGAUUUGUAAAGAGGAAUGGCCUAAAAUUCCUCCAAGCUGCUGUGCAGGAUUGAUCAACAGUUACCAGAAAAGUUUGAAGUUAUUGCUGUACAAGGGGGUUACACCAGUUACUGAAAGCAAAUGUUCACAUACUUUUUCCAACAAAUACAUGUAAUAUUGGAUCAUUUUUCUCAAUAAAUAAAUGAACAAGUGUAAUGUUUUUGUGUUAUUUAUUUAAUUGGGUUUAGGACUUGGAUGAAGAUCUGAUCACAUUAUAGGUUCGUAUACUCGCCACCGCACAUCUAUAGAAGUUUGUCAAAGUUUAAGUUGAAUUUUCACAAACUUGAAGUAGAGGUGGCACUUCAGCUUGUGUGUUUUUUUUUCAAUUUACAGCCAUAAAUACUUCCAACUAGGAAAAAGCAGUGUAAACAGUUUCAAUCAGGAAUUGGAAUCAUCAUGAUAAACUGAAUCUAAUUCUUUCUUGACAAUUUAAAGAUUUAACGUACCGAUUUCAACCAUCAGAUAGUGAAAUUUGACCUUCCUCUGUCACCUCUGAUCUCUUCCCCUGCUUCCUCCUACAAUUUAUUGUCUCCCUACAUCAGACAUCAUACUCAGCCAUAAAAUGUGUUGGAAGAAAUAGAGAUCAAAGCAUUACAAAUUUGAAUUUCUACCUAGAUCAUGGUCUUCACUCACUUCCUGCUGUAAUCAACACAUUAGAGGACUGGGUCACAUGGACCUCUCCUUCCAGCGUAAUGAUUAAGCCAGUGGACAUAUAUUUUUGGGAGUGACAACACAGGCAAAGCCAGCAAUCCCUAAAUGUCCUGGAGCCUUCUUGGAAAACAGCUGCUCUUACGAAUAGGGAAUUCCAUGAGGGGAAUCCAACAACAGUGAAGGAACAGAGAUAUUGCAGACAGAAUGAUGGGUGUUUCUUAGAAUGUACAGGUUGGUGGUAGGCAGUGCAAGUUUGUGCGAUGCUGUUGAAGUAUCAGCAUUAAGUGAUUCCAAAUAUAUUCUUUAGAUGGCAGAAGUACACUAGGGGAGAAAGUGGGCUGAUUUAUUCUGGAUAGUGCCCAGCUCUUGAGUGCUGUUGGAGUUUCCCCAGUUCAAACAAUUAGAGCUAUUGGGGUAGCAGAGAAGCAAUAUGGUUAACUCAACAAUUUACAGUGUGCCAGCUGUAAGAUUGGGGUUCGAUUCCAGUUGCUGUCUGUAAGGAACUUGUACACUCUCCUGGUGACUGCCUGGGUUUCCUCCCACAUAGUAAAGAUGUACAAGUUAGGGUUUGUAAGUUGAAAGCAUACUAUGUUGACACCAGAAGCAUAGCAACACGGGGGGCAGGGGCUGCCCAGCGCAGUGCUCGUGAUUUGACACAAGCUACACAUUUCUCUGUUUGCUUCAAUGUACAUGUAAAAAAUAUAGGUAAUCUUUAUUUCUUUAGUCAUAUAAAGAAAUAAUAUGACUUUUUCGUAGGGCUUGGCGGCUGGCAUGCCUCAGUGACCCGGAGAGCUAUGUUGGCUGGAGCCAGGGCUCUAUGCUUUAGCUCUUGGUAGGGUCAGCCAUGGCAAACUGGUCAAAGGGUAAAGGCCAGAGUAAGAGUGGUCCACCAGUCCUUCAGGUUUGGAGUUUUAGUUCAGGGCUAACAACCCUGACUGGUAAAACAAAACUGAUAUCGAAACAGAGAAGGAGCUCUUCCAUUGCUGCCCUAAACACCAGCGGUGUAAUGGGCAGCAAGUUAUUUCUUUAAUCUGUUCCAUUCUGAUCCUCUCAUAGUGAAGUACUUGUGCGAGGUGAUACAAUCCGUAUGCACACAAUUAGAAACAUAGAAAACCUACAGCACAAUACAGGCCCUUCAGGCCCACAAAGCUAUGCCGAACAUGUCCUUACUUUAGAAAUUACCUAGGGUUACCCAUAGCCCUCUAUUUUUCUAAGAUCCAUGCACCUACCUCCAUCUCUGUCUGUCCAUACAGUCACACACAGAUAUAGAAGGACUCUUCAUUACUAUUUCGAUAUCAAUUUUGUUUUACCAGUCAAGGUUGUUACCCUGAGCUGAAAGGAUUAGGAUUUUGUUUUUAAAUACAAGAAUAUAUAUAACUGUUUUAUAUAUAUAUAUAUAAAAAUAAGAGUGUUAACUUCCAGGUCUAUUAGGUUCAUUCGAACUGGAAAAAUAUCAAAGCCUCAUUGUCUAAAUUGCGGGGAAAGUGAGGAGAGGAAGGGAUGAAGGGAGAGGACUGUUGUAGGGAGCUCAAAUGUCAAAAGAGAUAAUGGUGUGAAGUGAAAGGGCUUGGGAAUGGGAUAAGUUAAAAAAAAAAACCUGAACCACAUUUAUUAUCACUGACUUGUAGAACAGAGAAUAUUACAGCCCAUUACAGGCCCUUCAGCCUGCGAUGUUGUGCCGCCCGUAUAACCUACUCUAACAUCAAUCUAACCCUCCCUUCUUACAUUGCCCUGCAUUUUUCUAGCAUCCAAGAGUCUCUGAAAUGUUCAGUAUCUGCCCCUGCCACCACUGCCGGCAGUGCAUUCCAGCGCCCAUCACUCUGUGUAAAGAACUUACCUCUGACAUUCCCCCCUAUAUUUUUGUCCCAUUCACCUUAAAAUUAUGCCCCUUCAUACUAGCUAUUUCUGCCCUGGGGAAAAAGUCUAUGCCUGUCCAAUCGUCCUAUGCCUGUAAUCUACUUUGUUAGUGUAGAUUUCAGACCAGUCCUGGUACUGUCAACUCUCUGACUCACAUUGGAUAGGGAUCACCAGGUUGCAUGUGAAUGAGCGUUCUUUGAGAUGAGGUGGGUUCUCUGAGACCCUCAGCCCUGGCUGUUGCUGCUGUGCUGUUUGCCACUGAUAUUUUAUGGCUGUUUUUCAGAAACAGCUGGAGUUAGUUCAGUAGUCAGUAGCACCUGGCAUGCUGUGGAUAUUGUUGCAGUCCUUGGCAAGGGUAACUGCAGUAAUGUUGCAUCAACCAAAGCUUAGUAAGUACAUUAAAACUUGUUCAACCUAUGCAGCUUAUCACACAGCUCUCCAUUCGGGGGAGCUGUAUAUUAAAUAAAUCUGUGCUCCCUAUAAGUAAAAACAUAUUUGAGUAUCGAAAGUUGAAAUGUAUCAGAAGCUAGAGGUACAAGUGCCUUUGUAAAACUUUGUACAUUGUAACCUCUUUAAUAAACAA